AAGUAGACAAAAGUGUCUUUUCACUAAUGACAAUUUUAGUAGGUAGAAAUUGUGUCUCAUUUGUUUUUUCACACGCUUGGGAAUCGUUGUUGAUUCUACGUUUCUCCAACCCUUGCCCUAGCUUUUUCUACCUUGAGUUUCCUUCUUUAAUCGCAUGAACACAACGCGUCCUUGUUUUCAAACCAAUUUCAAUCAUAUCUCCUCAACAAUCCCUGACACAGUUGAUUUGUUGAAGCGUGACGAGUCUCUGAUUCUCCGGUUUUCUACACUAAGUAGGUUGGUUAGACAAUGGGGCGUCGCAAAAUUGAGAUUGAGAUGGUGAAAGAUCCCAACACGAGACAAGUGACAUUCUCAAAACGUCGAACGGGUUUAUUCAAAAAAGCAAAUGAAUUGUCUAUUUUGUGUGGAGCAGAAGUGGCUAUUGUUGUGUUUUCUCCAGGUAACAAACCCUAUUCUUUUGGUCAUCCAGGAGUUGAUGUUGUUGCGGCCAACUAUCUCCAGCAAGAGAAUAGAUCAACUGAUUCUCAAGGAAACUCUUCCUUUGAUGUUCCCAAUAUGGAAAACUUGAACCAAGAACUUGCUCAGGUGUUGGCACAAAUUCAGGAAGGUGAAAAACAAGCGGAGAUUUAUGAUGAGAUUUUGAAGAAAAAUGAUGUGAAAAAACUCUCUCAGCUUACGGAACUGAGAGAUUCAUACAAGCAAUUUCAAGAUUUGGUAAAAUUGCGUCUAAGUGAUAUUGAAAUAUCGGAAUAUAUGAUGCUUCUUGCUCAAGAUCCUGUGGUGGGAGUAAAAGCGAAAUCGGCAAAAAAGAAAAGAAGAAGAAAUUAAUUUUAUUUUAUGCUCUUUUUUGAAGGAAUAGGUUAUGUUCCUCUUGUCUUUUGUUAUAAAAAAAUGAGCGAUGAAUAAAGAGUGUUUUGUUUAA